CACCCACUGGCUCUGGCACUUUCCCUUCCUCAUCAGCACUCUCUGCUUACCAGCAUCCAGCCUCUUUCAGUGGGCGCAGCUUCCCAGACACUUCAUCCCUUACCCUCCAGGAUGCUACGUUCAGCCCAAUGUCCAGUGGCCUGCUAUCCCCCCAUGAUCCUCUGCUUCACAUCAAAUCGUCUCAGCCCAGUGUUCCUUCAUCCCUCAGCUUUGACCGGCUGGGCAGUACAGUAUUGGGUACGGGCUUACCCUCUCAGAGCUCAGCAUAUCGUAGUGCUCAAGAAUCGGCUUCUUGUCACCUCCCCUCCCAGUUCAACCUUUUAUCAUCCUCACUGGGUCCAUCUGAUGAGACAACCCAACUUUACAACACCUCAGUCUUUUCCAGUUCUUCUGCCUCCUCCAUUGAGUGGGCCAUCCCCCGGCAAGAUAGUGUGAUCAAACAUUACCAGAGACCUUCUAGUGCCCAGCCACAGCUGUCUGCUGCCCAUUCUCUACAGCAUUAUCUGAGCUGCGGGGGCAGUUACCAGCAGAUGCCUCACCGCUCGAGCCUUUCAUGUAGUCCCUUGGGUGAGCAGUCUCCUGCCAGUAGUGAAGGCUCUCAGCAGCAGAAGACCCCCCAGGCCACACGACAAGAGCCCUCUCAAAGCUACCAUCCCAUUAUUCAAUCCUCCAGCUAUUCUGGUACCACCUCUUCAAAAUCCAAGAGUUACUCUGCCUCCCGCCAACCACCCUGUUCUACAGCCAUGCCCAAGUGCCAAAGCAACUACAGUUCAUCCACACCCAAGCCCAGCUCUGUCACUGCAAGCCAGUCACAGGCCUAUUCACCUGGUCAAACUCAGAGUCUCCUUUCCAUGAGCCAAACACAGAGUUACUCUGUCAGCCAGCCACAAAAUCUCUCUUCAGUUAGCCAGGCCUCACAGGGAUUCAGCAGCAACCAGGCCCAGGACCUCACAAGUGUUAGUAAAACUCAGAGUUAUUCGACCAAUGAGCAAGCGCAGCAGGGCCAAGCUGGGCAGGGAGGACAAAGACUGCAGACUUGUCAAAAUCAACCUUACUCUCCUGAGCAGCUGCAAGGCUUGUCAUCUGUUGGGUACAGUGUUCAGGCUGAGCCCCAUGUUUCUGUCAGCCAGACACCAACAUAUGUACUGGCUCAUUCUCAAAGGAUGCCCACAGCUAGCCCAUCAUUGAGUUACAGCACUAGCCAUUCUCCAGCUAUGUCAGGGCACAGCCAGUCUAUUGGUUACUCCCAUGGGCAGAACCUUCCAGAUUCAAGUCCUUCCCAGAUCAUCCGGCCUCUCCAGUCACCUACCACUAACAGGCCCCAGAGUGUGGCAUCACCUGGCCAGUCCCAGAAGUAUCUCACUUCUGUAUUGUCACCUUCAUUCAUGCAGACGGCUCACAGACAAAGCUACCAGGGUUCUAAGGGUAGGUUAGAGGGAGGAUCAUCUUACAGUAAAGCCAAGGCCGACUCGGACCUUCUGUCAUCUGAGCGGACUGAAGAUGAAGAGUUUUUAAUCCAGCACUUGCUGCAGUCUCAGAGCCCACCAAGAGUGCCCACAUAAGGCAUGGUAGAGUGUGAGGAGAGGGCAGGGAAAGGGAUGGGCUAUGAGUUGAGUAAGACUGAAGAGCGUUAUCACUUGCAGAGUGUAAUUCGGACGAACUCUAAUCUGGACAACCAAAGCCUGGAGAUGUCCUUGCAAAACUUAAAGGACAAAAAGAAAGGAGGGAGGCCCAAAGAGUACCCCCACACAUGCUCAACUCCAGAGUCUUUGGCCACAUCUGUGGUCCAUUACAGCCAUCAAGCUGGGUCAUUCGGCUCUUAUGGACAAGACAUAAAGAAGUCAGUGGAGCAGCACCUCCAGGGUGGCCACAUGGAUACUGGCAGUAAGGAAAUAUCUCAGGCCCAUUCUUAUUUGCAGAAGACUCCUGAUCAUGCCUCCCAGCCACAUCCCAUGGAGUCUCAUGGAUUGAUGGCUGGCCAGCAGGGUGCUACCCUGAUGUUGGACUCCCGUCCUGAUUUACCAUCUCUUUCCCUUCCACAGCAGCAGCAGCAACAGCAACAGCAGCAGUCCCAGCUGCUCCAGUCGGUGCUCACUCACACCCAAACCCAGAUGCAGUCUCGUGAGAAGGUUCACACCCCACUGGAUGUCCAUCUUAUGGAGCCUCAGUGCAUGCAUCAGGCUGAAGCACCCUCGCCGCAGCUUCAGAUGCAAGCAUUGGAAGCCCACCUCCACCAAGCCCAUGUUCAUUCUCAGAGCAUGGAAGCACAGCUUCUUGAGCUACAGCAGUCCCCUCAGCUCCAAGGCCCACUGCAGCCAGAAAGGAUGCAGUCUGAGGGCAUGGAAAUGAUGCCCCGAGGCAACCUUUCCCAGUCCCAAGAGAUCCAGGACUUCUUAGAGCCUGAGCUGAGUUUGGAAUCCCACCUGGGACAAAGUGGGACAGUGCAGAGUCAACAGCAUCUCCUUCCUGAUUCCAGUUUGGACCCCGACUCUCAGCAAGUUCCUGAAGGCCAACCUGAGGGCAAGGACCAGUUUGAGAGCCCCAGCCCUCAAGGAGCCAAGCAGCGAUUUGUUCCACUCACCUCCAUAUGCUUCCCAGACUCUUUGUUACAAGAUGAAGACCGUAGCUUCUUCCCUGGCAUGGAGGACAUGUUUGGCCCCCCUCCCUGUGCCGGGGAUGAGUCCCCUAAGCCAGACAAUGGCAUACAGGGUAUGGAGAGGGGUGAAGGAAUGAAAGGAGGUGGCUAUGAUAUAAUGCCUGGUGGACAAGGCUACUGUUAA